AUGAAAUUCUCAGUGUUGGCUGAUCCAUCCAUUGUACAGUAUGUUCGAAAUAUUUGUGUGAGAGAGACACAGGAACAAGUAGAUUUGAGAAAUGAAACGAGCGAGAAAUUGGGAGAUUAUUCCAUCAUGAUCAGCUCACCAGAACAAAUGCAAUUGCUACAAAUCAUUUUGAAAUUGAUCGGUGCAAAGAAUAUCCUGGAAAUUGGAUGUUUCACUGGUUACAGUGCUUUAUGCUUUGCUUUGGCCACGAGUGACACCAAUGCAAAAAUCACAACCUUGGACGUGAGUGAAGAAUAUGUGCAAAUUGGAAGACAAUAUUGGAAGAAGGCUGGAGUGGAGGAUCGAAUUGAAGCAAUCAUUAAGCCAGCUUUGGAAUCACUUGAAGAGUUGAAACAAUCAAAACAAUUAUUUGACUUUGUGUUCAUUGAUGCAGAUAAAGUGAAUUAUCCAAAAUAUGUUGAAAUGGUCUAUGAGUUAGUGAGACCAAACGGAUUGGUGGUGAUUGAUAACACUUUGUGGUCAGGAAAAGUGCUUGACGAGCAAGAUCAAACUGCAGAUACCAUUGCAAUCAGAGAGACAAAUAACAAGUGCAGAGACGAUCAACGUUGGGACAUUGCUAUGGAAACGAUUGCCGAUGGAUGUACUUUCCUUAGAAAGAAAUAA